UCUGUUUAGUGUGUCUUCACUGACGCCCACAGAUGAGAGCACUUCACCACCUUUCUGUUGCACACUUCUCUGAUUGACAGUAAUGGCCAAACAUGACAUGUCUGACCAUAUUUAUGGCAACAUCAACUGGAUGAAAAGGGAUUCAUUUGGAACUAGGAAAUCUGCCAAAGAGAAGCGAUGUAGACCUAACGUUAUCUGUGCCAAGGUCCUUGUUGUUCUUCUUCUCAUCCUGUCUCUGCUGGUUAAUGGGGUGCUGACAUAUUUGUGUGUCACUAAAUACAGUAUGCUGCUGCAUUGUGAGCCAGUAACAAACUGCUCAAUUUCAGACCAUGAACAAGGUAGUCCAGGCUGCACUUACGAUGAGGACUGGAGCUCAAACUACUGCCCAGAUUUGCCAGAGCAGUGGUAUAAGGGCAACGGCAGAUUUUACGUUUUCUCCAGUUACAACAAGACCUGGACCUCCAGCAGAGAGUAUUGUAAGAGUCUGGGUGGAGAUCUGGCCAUUAUCAACAACACAGAGGAGAAGGAAUUUCUUGCUCGGAGGCUAUGUGUUACUGGUGAAUCUGAUCUCUACUGGGCUGGGAACAAGGAUGGAAACUGGCCAAAUCUGGACUCCAAACAACACAACUGUGCUGUACUUAAAGGAAAUACACAAGAAAGCAUAUCUUGCUUGAGAGAGGAGAGGAGCAUUUGUGAGAUCCCAUGCCUUCAAUAGAACUACUGUAGAUUACUUAUUUUUUACAGUUGACUUUUUGUUUCACUAUGCGCUCAUUUAAAUAUAGGAUUGAUGCAUUUGAUAUUCUCUCUUGUUUAUUUGUUUUCAAAUUUCUGUACUACUGUUUGAUAUGGGAAUUUACUGAAAUAUCAUACUUUUCAUUCGUUUUUUCAUAGUAUCAUAGUUUUAAAAAGUGUUUUAAGAACUAAUGACUGUGUAACUCUCUCACACACACACAUACAUAAAUGUAGUGUAAAAAUAUUUUGUAUAUUGUUUUUGUGUGUUAAUGCAUUUUGAAGGUAAAAGAUUUAGCAGAGGAAUUAGAGCUGUCAGCUAUUCAGUUAUGGCAUCUACAGUAAGCUAAAAAUGGACACUUUAACUUGUAUGAAUGUCUUUGCAGCACCGUUUGUGAAUAUUAAAGUUCAUUAAACAAUUUGUU